CCUUGACAUACCACGUAUAUAUUCACUUAAUGUGUACUGCACAAUUCCGAACACUGGUUACUCCCUUGACUGUUUCUGACAUAAUUCUGGGAGGUGCCAGGGGCAUUGACUCCCACUAUCUAUUCUGCUAUCCCUACCAUUCAGUGACCUGUCCCUUCAUCUUGUACUCACACAGUGGAAUUCUCAGCCUGAGCAUAGAACAUUUGAAGGAUGUGUCCUGCCAUUCUUCCCAGGAAUGUGAGCUUCCAGUGCAGAACAGAGAUGUGGUCUGUUCUCGGUGCAUGCCAUGCGCAGACUCCAAAGAUGAGAAGAUGUCAAUUGGCAGAAGCAGCUACCUGAAGGAGACGACCAAACAAGGAUGUGAAGAAUGCUAGUUUUGGCCAAAACUGAUUUGAAGAUGUAAUGAAAAACUGGGGGAGGUGGCUGUUGACCAGGAAAGGAUCUUGGGACAGGAUAAACAGGCACACUGAAGACUCUCCUAACUUCUGAUUUUGUCCAAAGUUAUCUUUUCUUUUAACAUGAAAAUGAGGUAUGUGUUAGACUGGGGAGUUAGCAGAUAGCUGGAAUGGAAGACACAGCACAAACAUUAAGGCCUUGUUCCUGCCUAGGUCCCUUUGCACACAACCUUUUGAGUUAGAAGAAGGCAAGAUGGCAGUCUCACUGUCUUUUCCUUCCAUAGAUAAUGUCUUGCUGUUGGAUGGCACUGACCUAGUGGCUAGCAUCAUAUAAGAAAUAGCUGUUAUUUUUUGAGCAACUGCUGCGGUCCAGGCAAUGUAUGUGGCCUUCAUUUAAUUCUCAUAGCAACCCUAGGGGGUGUAGGUAUUAUCAUCUCAAUUUCCAGAUGAGGAAACAAAGGCUUAGAGGAACAAGUAAGCCACUUUUUGUCCCUGGCAGUGGAACCACAGUGCCCCUACUCUUCAUUCCUGAAGAAAAUGCUAUAUUUUGACUCCAGUAUUGAUUAUUUUCCUGUUUUUCUUCUAGUGAAAAGUAGUUUAUCAGUUAUGUCCCAUAAGCUUAACUCUCGCUUGUUUUCUCUCUCAUUAAAUGGCAAUUUAUUGGAGGUAGCGCUCUAUAAACGGGACAGUGUGUGUAUCUGUUUGCCUGAAGAUAAGAAAAGGGAAAGGGUACUUCUGGAAAGUGAAUUAUUUAGCUUAAAAUUGAGCAGUUUCCCUAAAACAUGAGUCAGCAGCAGGAGGGUAUGAAUCAGCCAGACCAGGAACCACAGGCUUAAUUAUUAGCUAAUGGGGAGUCAAGGGAAGAACAGCUACCUGCUUCCCCCAUCGCCUCCCCACAACCGUCUUGUUUGCCCACAGUCUUAUUCUCCCCAUGCUGUGAUCCUGUGAGAGGAGCAUUAGUGAAAGAGUGAAGAGACAAAGUAGAAAGUGUGUGAGAUCAGCCUGCAUCUGCACCCUGCUUCUGAUAAAAGUUAACCUCUCUGAGACCUGACUUCCUUGUCCAUAAAAUGGGAAAAAAUCAUACAGGGUUCUAAGGAUUACCAUAAUGUGGAUAAAGCUUUGUUCCAGCACAAUGUCGUCACAUAGAAGAAUGAGUUAGUGGCAGCAGUUAUUAAUGUGAUGCUAGUCUAUGUGUCACAAAUGAUGUUGCACUAAGGGGUGGAGGGAUGGGGGGCGGGGGUGCAGAUGCAAGAGGAGAUAGUUUUCAGAGGAGUGUGUACUCAGGAGGGACUACUCGGGCUCCAUCAACCAUCAGGCUUCCACAGGAAACUUGGGUCCUGGGCAUCUAGAGCUCUCCUAGGGCUCCUGGAUUUCUUUUACUUCUGAAAGAUGAGAAACAGCUGUUCUGCUGAUGCUGCCAAUUCACAGAGAGCUGGGAAGCUCCAUGAACCUCACAAGCUAUUGCCAUAAAUUAGGAGAGAUAGAGGGGGACUUCUCUUUGUUAGGCACUGUAGUUGUGCUUUUCAAUUUAGUCCUUACAGCAGCCCCAGCAGAGGUUGUGCCUCGCCCAUUUCCCCCAGGCAUUUGCCAUUCUUCUGUAUACCCAGAGUCCUGUUGCAAGUACCUGAGACUCUGAGGACUUCUCUUGGUUUGUGUUGACACAAGCGGAGAGUACCAGGGAGUUAGUGCCCCUGGGACAGCUCUCAGCCAGUGGAAGUGGGAGGAUAAAUACCCCAGCUUCAUCACUCAGUGAGGGACAACUCUAAGGCACAUUCUAUCUAUUUCUCAGGGUUCCCUGUGGGAGUGAACCUCUCUAAGCUCCCAGUAACAAUUAUGUACACUUCGUUGGCUUCUUUCUCUUCCUACCUGGCUUCCAGCUCCUCUUUUGUAUUUUCCUGAUCAGGACUGGGACUAGGGUGAUGAGCCUUUAUUCUUGGGUUCAUCUAAGUGCAAGGUUGGCACCCAUAUGAACCUGAGAGGGUCUCCUUACAUUCUGUAACCUAGGCAUAUCAUUUGCAUUGCCCUAAUUCUGGCUCUGUCCUGGAUCACUUCCCAAAUAAAGUUAUUUGCAUUCAAAUUAGGUCUGCCUCUGGGUUUACCUAACCUAAAGCAAAUCCUAUGAAGACAUCAGUCUCCAAGUUUUAUACAAGGAAAACCGAGGCUCAGAGGAAUAAGAAAUUCAUCCAAGGUCAUUCAGUUGAUAAUGGGAUGGGAUUUUGAACCCAGGUCUGCCUGACCCCAGAGCUGAAGCUUUCUGUACUAUACCACACUACUUCCUACUUCCCAUUUCAGUCACAAAACUAAUGGCUCAAGGGAAAUUUCAGGUUUGGAUGAGCUCAUUUUUGCCUGUGAAUCAGGGUAGCUUUGGCCUUAGGUUGUUAGCAGAUGGGAAUUUGGGGAGGGGAAGGCAGGUAGUAAGUGGAUGAGAGGGUUGUAGUUGUCAGUGGAAAGAUGGACUAGUGGAAAGACUGCUGAAACCAUAUGCACCAGGAAGACAGUAAGAGCUUACUUAUUUCCUCUCAGUUUCAAAAGCCCUGGAUUUUUAUUUUUUUUUAUUUUUUUUUAUUUUUGAGACAGUCUUGCUGUGUCACCCAGGCUGGAGUACAGUGGCGUGAUCUCGGCUCACUGCAACUUACCCUGCCUCCCAGGUUCAAGCGAUUCUCCUGCCUCAGCCUCCCGAGUAGCUGGGAUUACAGGUGCAUACCACCACGCCCGGUUAAUUUUUUUAACUUUUAGUAGAGACAGGGUUUCACCAUGUUGGCCAGGCUGAUCAUGAACUCCUGACCUCAAGUGAUCCGUCCACCUCGACUUCCCAAAGUGUUGGGAUUACAGGCGUGAGCCACCAUGCCUGGCCAGCCCUGGACUAUUGAGGUUGUGGGAGGGCUCUUCAAUGUAACAAAAAUUAAUUGAUACUUGUUCCUUACCAGAUACAGAACUGAGGUCUGAGGCUGCACGGGUGAAUACGAAACAUUCUCUGGGAGCCCGUAGUACAAUGGGGAAGAAGAACACAUAAACAGAUGCCUUUAAUAGACAGAUAUACAUGCAGUGAUACAAGAACAUCCAUCAUAAUACGGAACCAAUAAGCAGACCACACGCAGCUGGGGUCAGGGCCAGGAGGAGCUUUUCAGAGAAGGGCUCCUCAUUGUCGUUAAUGAUUGUAAUUUAAGGGAUGAGGAAAAAUGAGGUGAAAAGGUGGGAAAGGCCAAAGGGAGGGUCAUUCCAGACAAGUCAGUGCAAACAAAGACACAACAGAAGUAGCUCGAUGUGUGUAGGAGAGCUGCAAGGCACAUUCACGGUAUAAAGGAUGUGGAGCAAAUUGGGGGAGCUUAUUGAGCAUCUCUGUGCCUGGCGUGGGCACUGUGGGUGGUGAGAAGCCUGUGAGCAAGCUCAGAGGGAAGGCCUGACCUCCCAGCCCAUCGGCAGUGCUCUGGUUGUGCCCACCUCUCCCCCAGCAAACUGCCUUUCCUCAUUCCUUAGCUCCAUCUGUACAGUUAGAGAUUGGCACUAAGGGGCUAUGAGGGAACCUUGUGAGGACUUGUCCUUCCCUUUGUUGGUCAGUGGCCAUCUGGUGUCUGAAGAGAACCGCUGGCAGCUGCAGUGCCUCUGCUACAGCCAGGCUGUCCCAGCUGCUCACAGACCUCAAGCUCAGCCAUCCUUCUCCCUCCACUGGCCUUGACCCAGACUUUCCCUGGCAUUCUGACUAGGGAACCAGGACCCCUGCUCCUGGGGUCUGGACACAGACCUUCCAGAAACACAGAUGAAGAGCCCUGGCAAUGCUUGUUAGGGGCAUAUCCUCACCCUGGCUCAAGAAAUUGCAGGCUGUCUGCAUGAAUCACAGCUGGGCCUUUCAUAUUCAGUUCCACAUUCUCCUCUCCCAACUGAACAAAGUUGAGAGGGACUGGGAUCCCAGGCUAGGCAGGAUGCUAUGUUGUUUGUGACAGCCACUCUACCCUCUGCCACCCCAUCCCCCACUUCCCUGUCUUUCACAGCCUAUAUGCCUGGUUGGUACCCAGUAAACUUCACAGCAGGACUGUUUGGCAUGUUUCCCGGUCUCUUCAUGCCACUACUGAUAGAGGAGCCACUAUCCCUGGUCUCCAUCCUGAUGUUAUGUGGAGGCCUACUAUCUGUGGAUAGAGUUACUGCUGACAAGGCAGCCUGAAGCUUUUAAGCGUAUCCAUGCCUUCAACAAAGAUUGUUGCAGGCUGUCUAGUAUUCUACAUUGGUGCCCCAAGGUUCUGUGCCUUUGAGGAGAAAUUUCCACAGAAAAACAGCUUGUUGGCCAAUAGCUUCACAGCAGCCUAACACUCCCCUUCUCCUUCCAGUAGAGAAGACCCAAGAUGUGAACCUACUCUCCCUACUCAGCCUACAGACGAAAGGCCAGACUCCGCAGCCUGCCUGUCACCUCCUCUCCCACUAUAUGUCCCCACCUUGGUGUAUCUUCAGGCGCCUGGAGCUGCACCUCAUUCCUGUGUGUGUGUGAUUUGUGGUUGUGUACAUGCUCUCCACCUUGUCAAGGACCACUUUUGUCAGCAUACUGCUGUUCUUUCUUCAAGGCUCAGCUUCUUCAGCUAGCCCUGCCCACUCUCGGCAGAGUCAGCCCCUUCCUCUUGUGCUCCCACAUUGCCUCUUGCUCAAAAGUACUUCCCAUAACCUUUCCAGGCUAGGCGCCUCCAGCUCCUUCUAGGGGCGAGCCACCACCUCAAAACUCAUUAUAUUUGCAAAAUAAACAGCCCUCAGCAUUGUAGAGGGAAUGGCCCAAAAUCUUAGACCCAGUUCAACGCUCCACUUUGCGGUAAUCUUGCUCAAAUUUUCACCACAGCCUUGCCUAGCCUGGGCUACUCUUAGGGCAGGCUUAGAAGGAAGUGCAGCUUCCCAAAUUAGCUGAUGUUUGGUAAGUGGUGGUGGAGGAAAAGGGUGGGGCUUGAGGAUAUUAUAACGGGUCACCCCUGAGUGUCACUUUUGGUCGUUGGGGUGCCUCAUUGCCAGACAAGAGCUCAGACGUGAGGAGAGUGACCAGCUUCUGUGUAUCCCAGGUGGCCACCCUCCACUGUGGAAGCUCAUGGACUCCACUGGGUCUUCAGGGUUGUGGCAAGGGGAAGAAGCCCUGAGUUGCCCUGAGGAGGGCUUGCCCAGGCCCUCAGACAGCUCAGGGCUGGUGCAGGAGUGCCUGCAGCAGUUCAAGGUGACAAGGGCACAGCUACAGCAGAUCCAAGCCAGCCUCUUGGGUUCCAUGGAGCAGGCUCUGAGGGGACAGGCCAGCCCGGCCCCUGCAGUCCGGAUGCUGCCUACAUACGUGGGGUCCACCCCACAUGGCACUGAGCAAGGAGACUUCGUGGUGCUGGAGCUGGGGGCCACAGGGGCCUCACUGCGUGUUUUGUGGGUGACUCUAACUGGCAUUGAGGGGCAUAGGGUGGAGCCCAGAAGCCAGGAGUUUGUGAUCCCCCAAGAGGUGAUGCUGGGUGCUGGCCAGCAGCUCUUUGACUUUGCUGCCCACUGCCUGUCUGAGUUUCUGGAUGCGCAGCCUAUGAACAAACAGGGUCUGCAGCUUGGCUUCAGCUUCUCUUUCCCUUGCCACCAGACGGGCUUGGACAGGAGCACCCUCAUUUCCUGGACCAAAGGUUUUAGGUGCAGUGGUGUGGAAGGCCAGGAUGUGGUCCAGCUGCUGAGAGACGCCAUUCGGAGGCAGGGGGCCUACAACAUCGACGUGGUUGCUGUGGUGAAUGACACAGUGGGCACCAUGAUGGGCUGUGAGCCGGGGCUCAGGCCGUGUGAGGUUGGGCUAGUUGUAGACACGGGCACCAAUGCGUGUUACAUGGAGGAGGCACGGCACGUGGCAGUGCUGGACGAAGACCGGGGCCGCGUCUGUGUCAGCGUGGAGUGGGGCUCCUUCAGCGAUGAUGGGGCGCUGGGACCAGUGCUGACCACCUUCGACCACACCCUGGACCAUGAGUCCCUGAAUCCUGGUGCUCAGAGGUUUGAGAAGAUGAUCGGAGGCCUGUAUCUGGGUGAGCUGGUGCGGCUGGUGCUGGCUCACUUGGCCCGGCGUGGGGUCCUCUUUGGUGGCUGCACCUCCCCUGCCCUGCUGAGCCAAGGCAGCAUCCUCCUAGAACACGUGGCUGAGAUGGAGGACCCCUCUGCUGGGGCAGCCCGUGUCCAUGCUAUCCUGCAGGACUUGGGCCUGAGCCCUGGGUCUUCGGAUGUUGAGCUUGUGCAGCACGUGUGUGCGGCCGUGUGCACGCGGGCUGCCCAGCUCUGUGCUGCCGCCCUGGCCGCUGUUCUCUCCUGCCUCCAGCACAGCCAGGAGCAACAAACACUCCAGGUCGCUGUGGCCACUGGAGGCCGAGUGUGUGAGCGGCACCCCAGGUUCUGCAGCGUCCUGCAGGGGACAGUGAUGCUCCUGGCCCCGGAAUGCGAUGUCUCCUUCAUCCCCUCUGUGGAUGGUGGUGGCCGAGGAGUGGCGAUGGUGACUGCCGUGGCUGCCCGUCUGGCUGCCCACCGUCGCCUGCUGCAGGAGACCCUGGCCCCGUUCCGGUUGAACCACGAUCAACUGGCAGCAGUUCAGGCACAGAUGCAGAAGGCCAUGGCCAAGGGGCUCCGAGGGGAGGCCUCCUCCCUUCGCAUGCUGCCCACUUUCGUCCGGGCCACGCCUGAUGGCAGCGAGCGAGGGGAUUUCCUGGCCCUGGACCUCGGGGGCACGAACUUCCGUGUCCUCCUGGUACGUGUGACCACAGGUGUGCAGAUCACCAGCCAGAUCUACUCCAUUCCUGAGAGUGUGGCCCAGGGCUCUGGGCAGCAGCUCUUUGACCACAUCGUGGACUGCAUCGUGGACUUCCAGCAGAAGCAGGGCCUGAGUGGGCAGAGCCUCCCACUGGGUUUUACCUUCUCCUUCCCAUGUAGGCAGCUUGGCCUGGACAAGGGCAUCCUCCUGAACUGGACCAAGGGUUUCAAUGCAUCAGACUGCGUGGGCCAAGAUGUCGUGAGUCUGUUGCGGGAAGCCAUCAUGCGCAGACGGGCAGUGGAGCUGAAUGUGGUUGCCAUUGUCAAUGACACGGUGGGGACCAUGAUGUCCUGUGGCUAUGAGGACCCCCGUUGCGAGAUAGGCCUCAUUGUCGGAACCGGCACCAAUGCCUGCUACAUGGAGGAGCUGCGGAAUGUGGCGGGCGUGCCUGGGGACUCAGGACGCAUGUGCAUCAACAUGGAGUGGGGCGCCUUUGGGGAUGACGGCUCUCUGGCCAUGCUCAGCACCUGCUUUGAUGCAAGUGUGGACCAGGCGUCCAUCAACCCCGGCAAGCAGAGGUUUGAAAAGAUGAUCAGCGGCAUGUACCUGGGGGAGAUCGUCCGCCACAUCCUUUUACAUUUAACCAGCCUUGGCGUUCUCUUCCGGGGCCAGCAGACCCAGCGCCUUCAGACCAGGGACAUCUUCAAGACCAAGUUCCUCUCUCAGAUCGAAAGUGACAGCCUGGCCCUGCGGCAGGUCCGAGCCAUCCUAGAGGAUCUGGGGCUACCCCUGACCUCAGACGACGCCCUGAUGGUGCUAGAGGUGUGCCAGGCCGUGUCCCGGCGGGCUGCCCAGCUCUGUGGGGCGGGUGUAGCUGCCGUGGUGGAGAAGAUCCGGGAGAACCGGGGCCUGGAAGAGCUGGCAGUGUCUGUGGGGGUGGAUGGAACGCUCUAUAAGCUGCACCCGCACUUCUCCAGCCUGGUGGCGGCCACGGUGCGGGAGCUGGCCCCUCGCUGUGCGGUCACGUUCCUGCAGUCAGAGGAUGGGUCCGGCAAAGGUGCAGCCCUGGUCACCGCUGUUGCCUGCCGCCUCGCGCAGCUGACUCGUGUCUGAGGAGAUCUCCAGGCUGAGGAGGGCUCUGCCGCAGCCUUGCUGCACCCAGGUUGGGGUCUGCCUGUUUCCCAGCCAGGCCCAGCCACCCAGGACUCCUGGGACAUCCCAUGUGUGACCCCUCUGCGGCCAUUUGGCCUUGCUCCCUGGCUUUCCCCGAGAGAAGUGGCACUCAGGUUAGCAAUAUAUAUAUAUAAUUUAUUUACA